AUGGUCGCUGACAAGUAUCCCUUCCCGACGAAGUUGCUGAUGGUGGACUUCAGGCUCGGGGACUCGGCGUCGAAGCCGAUCCUCUCGCUUCUCGAGGCGACGGGCAUGUGCAUGUGCCCUGGCGGCGACCUCAGCCAGGGCAUCCCGCUCGCGAGGAGGAACAACACGCUGAGCUUCAACGCGAAGACCUUCAGGACGACGAUGGAGGCGAAGGGGUUCGCGGCCAGCGCGAACGCGAACGAGCAGCAGGAGGAGGACUUCAUGCCGUCGCCCGGGGCCUCAGGCAGAGGCGGGCCAGCUGCGGCGGCCCCGCUUGGGCCAGCAGCCGCAGCGGCACCAGCCGGGCCAGCGCAGCCAGCGGCAGGACGACCAACAAGAGGCGCAGAACGAGUUGCACGACGACCAGUGCCACAGCGAGGAGGCCAGCAGAUCGCCCUGCACCCCGAGAGCCGCGUGGAGGACGCGCGGGCGACGCUCAGAGAGCUAGGGGCGCCGAUCCACGGCAGGAAGGGCGAGCUGCGGGCCGGGGCCAGCGACGCGGGGCGGAGGCUCACGGCGCAGCAGAACAGGAUGAAGAAAUUGGAACGCAGGCGUGAAGAGUCCGCGCAGGGAGGGCCCGCGAUCGCACCACGAGCAGUUGCAGGACCUGCGGCGCCAUCGGAUGCGGAGCGAACCAGCGGGAACUGGGCGGACAUCGGGGGCGAGGAACCGCCAGCGGCGGACAUCUUCGCGACGACGCUCGUGAUGGUGGACAGGGGCACGCUGGUGUUCAACGCGGUCUCGAUGCCGACAUCGGCGGUCAAGGACUGCGCGGUGGCCAGCGCGAGCAGCUUCAUGGAGGGCACGCACCUCGCGGCAGCAGACAUCAAGGCAGACGGGGAGCCCGCGAUCUUGAACCCGGUGGAGGAGGUGCGCAAGAAGCAGAGCAAGAGCGCCAAGUUGGGGGAGAAGCGCGGGAACCUGACGGACAGUCAGGGCACGGGCGCGAUCAAGGCCCCGAGCAGGCGUUUCCAAGCGCAGCUGUGGACAUGCAAGUUUCAUUUGGAGAAGCGCUGCGGCAUGAGGAUCACAGCGGAAGCACCCAUUUGGCGCUGGUUGACGCGCUACGUGAGCUGGGCGACGGGCCCUAAGCCCUGGGAGCUGCGGCCGCGGACGCAGCGACCUCUGCCCAUGGUUGUCCCGACGGCGGCGGAGCAGAAGGCGAAGGCAGAGGCAGAGGCAGCGGCGGCGCCGGGGUCGCCUCGGCAGGGGGCGCCAGGGCAGGGGGCGCAGCCAGCAGCAGGAGGCGAAGAGGGAUCACCACCAGAGGCGAAAUUAGACGGGGCGACCAGGGGGCUGCGGGGGGUGUUCGACCUGAAGGCGACGGAUGUCAUCGGGCAGGGGCGCCACUCGCACCUGAAGCGCGACGGGCUGAGGCCCAUGCACGGCGAUGUGAUGCUGCGACCGAACGCUGAGCACAUCGAGGGCCUGAUCUACGCGAUGGGCAUGGAGGAGGCGAAGCUUGCGAAGGUGUACGGGCUCAACGUGAAGAAGGAGAGCGGCGAGAAUAGCGUGGUCGACUUGGGCACGAAGGCCCAUCCUGAGGCGCGGUUCGAGCACCUGCGCGACCUGGCGGGCAUCGUGGAUUGCGCAGAGAUGGGCAAGCACAAGGAGCUCGAGGCGUUCUCGGUGGCAGCGAGCGCGAGCUGGGCGAGGCAGGGCCUGCUGGCCACCUUGCUGGCGCAGGGGGCGACGCCGAGCUCGGCUACGACCUCUUGCGAGCUGGGCGCGUGCAGCCCGAAGACCACCUGCCUGGUGGGAGUGAGGCGAGACGCGGCUGAGAUCAUGCUCGAGUCCAAUGGCAAGGAGAAGAAGGAACGGGUCCUGACCGCGCUGAGCGCCGCCCUGGACGGCGCAGUGGAGCGCGGCGCGGGCCGCCGGUGCCAGCGUCGCCCCUUCGUGGAGGCGCUGCCCGCGCUGCCCCCGGCGUGCCCCCGGCGGCGCGCCGCCGACUUCCCCAGCGACGACGUGUCCGUGGGGUCGGUGGCGUACACCGCGCGGCUCCCCGGCGUAGCCGUCGGCGACGUGCUCGCGAUCACGGCUCUGGACGUCCUGGGCCGCUUCCUGACGGGGCUCUCGUCGUCUCCGCUGGAGCAGGAGUUCGUGCAGUGCGAGCCGCCGGUGGCGAGCGGCAUCACCUGCGAGGUGAACACCACCGCGGAGCCGUACGUCGCCGUCGAGCUGCAGGGCGUGCCCUUUCGCGCCUCGCCAGCUGAGCGCCGGGCCUCGAAGAAGCUCGGCGGUGGGCCGGAGGAUGCCUUUCAACCUCUUGAGACGGGCGACCCUCUGCUUGACAAGUUUGCGCCUAACUGCGAAUUUGCGGCCGCGCCCAGCUUGCCGUCGGGGCCGACCAGCGGUGUCAUCAACACCUAG